AUGCAGAGUUCGGUACCGGCGGGGAUAGAAAGUGCGGCCCCUGUGGUUUUGCAGAGUUCGUCACUGGUGUUGAUGCCAAAUACAGCACCGGCGGUCAUGCAGAGUGCGACACAGUCAGUGCAGUCGGCGCCAUUGAUCGAGAGCCAGCCUGCGUCAGGCCCAUCCACAUCGACUACCUUUACUGUCAAAGAUUCUGGUACAAAUGUUUCAGGUUUGAGAAUUGAUACUAUUUCUAUGUCUAUCUUUGUACCAAAGGAAAAAGUUAAGGAACUUAUAGGAAAAAUUUAUGCAGUUUUGGAAUCAAAAAAGGUAACUUUGAAAGAAAUGCAGUCAUUAGCAGGAGCACUUGCUUUUGUAGUCAAAGCAUUGCCAGCAGGUAGGGCUUUUUGUACUAGGAUUUACGGUUCAUUUGCAGGGGUUAAGAAACCAUUUCAUUUUGUAAGGAUAACGGCAGAGAUUAGGUCUGACUUGUUAAUGUGGGUGCAGUUCCUCAGCCAGUUUAACGGUAGCACUCCAUUUCCAGGUCUUACUUUGCAUGAGGCAGAUGCACUUCAUUUUUAUUCAGAUAGUUCAGGUUCUUUUGGCUGUGGUGUUGUGUUUGGUAAGCAUUGGUGCUGUCUCCAUUGGCCUGCUUGUUGGGAAGAAGAAAUAUACAGGGACAUUUCUUUGUUAGAACUCAUUCCCAUAGUGUUAGGAAUUAUCAUUUGGGCAGAGAAUUUGCGGGAUAAGAAGCUUCUUCUUCAUAUUGAUAAUUCAGCUUUAGUCUACAUCAUUAAUCGCAAAUCGUCCGAAAUCAAGAGAGUUAUGACUUUCGUUAGGAUGUUGGUUUUGCAUACUCUAAAGUUUAAUAUACAAAUAAAGGCCCAGCACAUUCCAGGUGUUAAAAAUGAAAUUGCUGAUGCCAUUUCUCGGUUUCAGUGGUCCAGGUUUCGGCAAUUGGCUCCUUGGGCAGAUCCAUAUCCCUUCAUGGUUCCUAUGGAGUUCUGA